UAUUUGUCCCAUUUAUAUUUAUAUUCUUUUAUCUCCUCAUCGGCAUGGAAAUCUACUUGAAACCGUCGCCUUUCUUUAACAUUUAGCAGCGCCGCGAUUCCAUGAUCGUCACCAUUAUCAGCUGAAUUCUACUAUCCUCUUUCUCUUCAAGACAGAGCGUUUCCCUCUAAAACUUUAGCCCUAACAUUCCCUCUUCGGUUUCACUCGCAUUUCAUGAGAUUAAGUGUACAACUAUGAGCUAGAUUUAAAGCAAUCUCUGUUCUGUAACAAUCUUUGAAGUGAAAAGAGUUAAGUGUUUGAAGCUCGUAAGUAGUUGAAAGAGAAUGAGAACGAAGCAAAAACGGGCAUGCAGAAAACCUCCUGCACGAAAAUCAGCUGCAUUGGCCGAGAAUGUAGAAGCAGUGAAGCAAGGUGAAAAGGCAGUGAACCAAAGUGAAAAGGCUGUGAACCAAAAUGAAAGAAUAGUGAACCAAAGUGAGGAAGCGUUUUUAAGUUUUAUUAACCAAAAUAGGAAAGGGGAUUCUGUUUCUGCAGACUCAAAUGAUCUGGAAGUAGUUGACUUAGACUCUGAUGAGGCCAAGAGUAAUUCAUCUUUAUCAUCCUCUUCAAGUGACAGUGAUGAGUCAUUUAGUGCUGAAGAAAGUAGCACCGAUGACUCAUCAUCGGUGGAUAGGAGAUCAAGGAAAUCGACUAAAAGGCAUGGUAAUGUAAAGCAGGAAGCAAGUAAAUUACCAAAUAAAGGGAGGAAAGAUGAUGUUAACUCGUCCAGGGUUUUGCAUUCUUUCGGUAAAAAGCAUGAUGAAUGUAAGAUGUCCGAGCAGGAUCCUCGUUACAAUACGAAAGAACUGAAAGCCGCAUUGGAGGUGAUUAAGAAAAUUAUGAAGAUGGAUGAGGCUCAACCGUUCAGUGUUCCCGUAGAUCCUGUUGCGUUGGGUAAAUCUGAUUACUUUAAUGUAAUCGACACACCAAUGGAUUUUGGUACCAUAUGUAGUAAUUUAGAAAAUAGCACAAAGUACAUGAACACAAAAGACGUGUUUAAUGAUGUACAAUACAUUUGGGAGAACUGCUGCAAGUGCAACCAGAAGGGAGAGUAUAUAGUAUAUCUAAUGAAACGAGUGAAGAAAAAGUUCAUGAAGUACUGGAUAGCUGCUGGCUUGAGCAUUGGGCAAUCAGGGAAGAGUAAUGUGGGAAAUUUGUUCGAGCCAUCUACAACAGACUAUGCUACAAGGCGUAGGGGACAUGAGCCUUUCUAUCCAGUGGGCAGUGCAGAUGGUGCCAGUCAGAUGCAGCAGGGUCAAUUGGGUUUUAAUCAGCACCAUCUGUACUUCCCUUCAUCAUGCUAUAGCCAACCUCAUCAAUUACCGCAACCUCCACCAAGCACUACACGGCCACAGUUUUCCCAGUUGUCCCCAGUGAGUUAUCACCAACAUCAUCAGUCACAGCAUCCACCGCCAAGCACCAACCAGCCACAAUUCUCCCAAUUACAAUCUCACACGGGAUAUUCGCAUUUUCAGCCUCCUGGAGACAUAGCCCCAAAACACAAAAAGCAGGCAUCUAAGAAACACAAAAAGAACUCAUCUACAGGUCCUGCAGCCUCCAUUCUUAGUGGGUCACCAGGCCAGUCACAACAGCCUCAUUUGAGUUACAAGCUGCCAUAUGGUCUGCAGCAGUACCAGCACAGUAUCAACCGGCUACAAUCCUCUCAAUUGCAGGGUGCUGUAGAUGGUGGACACUCUCACUUUCUGCCUCAAUCAGAUUAUACAAGGUCCCAUGGGUAUGUCCCCUAUUAUCCGGUGGAUCCCAUGGUUGUCCCUGGCCAAUCACAUCCCCAACAGUCCCGAUUGAGCGAUGGGGAAUCUAGUGAGUCCCAGGAACGGCAACUGAAGGCAAGCCAUUGCCAGCCUCAAUCAUCACAGCUGCAACAUAAUGUAGAUAUUGAACAUUCACACACGUCACUUACAGAUUCUGCCUUGAGGGCUAUCAGAUGUGCACUUAGAUAUUCUGCCAGCCCUAAAACUAACAAAUCUAACCAAGAAAAUCAAGGGCCGUUGGGCUGCACCAAAUCCCAGCCUGAGCAGAGCCCACAGAGACCCGAACAGCGACAGUUCACAAAGAAGAGGAAAGGAAGAGGUCCUACUCGCUGCCUCUUCUUAAAUGAUCUGGCAGAUGGUGAGCGGAUAUUUGUCCGCAUCAACAAGUUUGGACAGCCUGUUGGUCCAAAUUCAUCCAAGCUAAGCAGCUUCCUGGGCACUGUAGCACGGAAUGGACACAGGGCACCACUUAAUUUUAUAGACUGGAGGGCAUUGUCAGAUUCUUACAAAGAUGAUAUGUGGGAAUAUGUUCAGACAAAGUUUGACAUUGAUCCAAGUGGCAAGUCUUGGGUCAUGCAGUCAAUUGCUACAAAAUGGAGGGACUGGAAAGCAGAUUUAAAGGCAACGUAUUAUGAUUCUCUUAAUACAGACGAAGAGCGCUUGAAAGUAAGUGAUCCAAGGGUUGUUCCUGACCAAUGGCCAAGCCUUAUCUCAUAUUGGAACUCUGAAGACACAAAGAAGCGUUGUGCAAGAAAUAGGGCUAACCGUCAAAAACAUACGUGUGGACAUUCAUCAGGGACCAAGAGUUAUGCAAGGAUAUGUGAGGAGGAGCAAAACAAGAGGCCUGAUGGGAAGGAGCCAACUAGAGCUGAGCUUUAUAUAUUAACACAUACUCGCAAGAAUGGACAGCCUGUUGACGAUACCGCAGCAAAAUUAAUUUCAAAGAUCCGCGAACAAGAAGCUAAGAAACAGAAUACCUUACAAUGUAGUGAUGAAUCAAAUGACACUUUGUGUCAAGUUAUGGGAGAAGAACAAGGCAAAAAUGUGGGACCUUAUGGAAUGGGUCCCAAUCGUACUGGCAUUUUUGGCCCAAGACCUGGCCGUGUUGUCCUUGCAAGGAUGGCUUCCAAGGCCAAAAGAUCUGCAAAUGAAGAGGUGCGCAAGAUAGCAGUGAAAAUGGAGGCCAUGGAGGAAAAAUAUGCCCUUAUGGAAAAGAAUAUAGCUAGAAUGACUUCAAACAUGGAAAAGUUUCUCGAGAAGAUUGGGGGAUCUUCAAAUAUUUUGGGUUCUGAGCAGCGUCAUCAUGAGGAGGAAGACCCAGAAGAGGAUGAUGCUUAAUGGACUUCACCUACCUAUUUAGUGUACGUGGCAUUAUGAUGGAACUUAUCAAGCAAAAUGGGGGAAAUUGGAACAGCACCACCGUCGGAUGAGAUGUCUGGGGCCUUGCCUUUUCCCCUCCCUGGGUCUCGUUAUUAGCGGACUUGCAAUGUGAGCAUGGAAUAUAGUUGGAGAGUUUAUAUUUUCAGUAAGGUAAUUGCAAUUAACUGGUUUCAGCUUUCAAGUUGACAUGGUUUUGGAGCCCGGCUUCUGCAUGUAUGCUGUCUCCUAUAUAUAUACACACAUUUUAUUCGAACAUGAAAUUUCGUUUAUAUAUAAAUCAUUACAAUCGAAUAAAAGUAGUAACAAAGAUCCCAUUUCAACUAAA